AACUCCAGGGUUACAUAUAACACUAACACCCCACCCCACCCCCACCCCUCUUUCCGACAGCAACUAGUUGCAUUCAUUCACACACACCUUUUGAUUUCGAUUUCUUCAUCAAAGCAUCGAAUUACUUUCUCAAUCGAUUCAUUUUAUACAAAGUCUGCUGUUAAUCCGCACUUUUCCGAUGACGGCGAUGGUUUACUCCGGCGAAACCACCUGUUAGGGUUCACUUUUGGAUUAUGUGUUAAUUUUGGCAAAAUGUUCGACUAUGCAUCAAAGUCCCAAUACGUUGGUGGCCACAGGGAGAAGUUUGCAAGGUUGGAUGAUUUGGAUUCUAGAUUAUCAUCACCAGCUUCCGGAGUUGCAAUGAACAAAUGUGGAUUCGAGGGAAUAACUCGUACGAACCGAGCACCCGCUACCCCCUCUCGAUCCUUCAAAAACGGAAUUAAAAAAGGGUCAGAAGGACUUAAAUCCAUCGGUAGAUCACUCGGGUUCGGCGUUUCUCGGGCCGUUUUUCCCGAAGACCUAAAAGUCUCAGAAAACAAAAUCUUAGACCCACAAGAUAAAUUUCUACUCACAUGGAACAAAUACUUUGUUGUCUCGUGUAUUCUGGCUGUCUCUAUUGAUCCACUCUUCUUCUAUCUUCCGGUUUUUGAUCAAACGAAAACGUGUCUUGGUAUUGACAGGAAAUUAGCCAUAACAGCUACAACGUUAAGGACUGUUGUUGAUGUGUUUUAUCUUAUUCAUAUGGCUCUUCAGUUCCGAACUGCUUAUAUUGCUCCAUCUUCUAGGGUUUUUGGACGCGGUGAACUUGUGAUUGAUCCCGCACAAAUUGCUACACGAUACCUUAGGUGGUAUUUUAUUAUCGAUUUUCUCGCUGUCGUGCCACUGCCUCAGAUUGUCGUUUGGCGAUUUCUGCAGAGGUCUAGAGGAUCGGAUGUAUUGGCUACAAAACAAGCCUUGCUCAUUAUUGUGUUACUUCAGUAUAUUCCGAGAUUUGCGCGAAUCGUCCCUUUGACAUCAGAACUUAAAAGAACUGCUGGUGUAAUUGCGGAAACCGCAUGGGCUGGUGCUGCUUAUUAUUUGUUGCUAUACAUGCUUGCCAGUCAUAUAGUUGGGGCCUUUUGGUAUUUGCUAUCGGUAGAACGCAAUGAUACAUGCUGGCAAAGAGCUUGUAAAAACAGCCAUUACAAUACAAAUUUCUUGUACUGUGGAAACAACUACAUGGAUGGUUACGAUAAGUGGAGCAACGUCAGUAGCUCAGUUUUAACCGCAGCUUGCUCCACGGAUGGUGAUAACCCACCGUUUGAUUUUGGGAUUUUCGAGCAGGCUCUUUCAUCGGGCAUUGUUUCAUCAACUAAGUUUGUUUCCAAGUACUGCUACUGCCUGUGGUGGGGCCUACAGAAUUUGAGCACGCUUGGGCAGGGGCUUCAAACCAGCACGUAUCCCGGAGAGUCUAUUUUUUCCAUCGCGCUAGCCAUUUUCGGUCUCAUUCUCUUUGCUCUCUUGAUUGGCAAUAUGCAGACGUAUCUUCAAUCUCUUACUAUCCGACUUGAAGAAAUGAGAAUUAAAAGGCGGGACUCAGAACAGUGGAUGCAUCACCGGUUACUUCCACAUGAUCUGAGGGAGCGUGUGAGAAAAUAUGAUCAGUACAAAUGGUUGGAAACACGUGGAGUUGAUGAGGAAAAUUUGGUUCAGAAUCUACCAAAGGAUCUCAGACGGGACAUAAAACGUCAUCUUUGUCUUGGUUUGGUCAAAAGGGUCCCCUUAUUUGAGAACAUGGAUGAAAGGUUACUAGACGCCAUCUGUGAACGAUUGAAGCCUUGUUUAUACACAAACAACACUUACAUCGUACGAGAAGGAGAUCCGGUGGACGAAAUGCUUUUCAUCAUACGAGGUCGACUCGAGAGUGCAACCACAGACGGAGGGAGAAGCGGGUUUUUCAACAGCGGGUUUCUAAAAGAAGGCGACUUUUGCGGAGAGGAGCUUCUAACGUGGGCCCUCGACCCUAAAUCCGGUUCUAACCUCCCGUCUUCCACUAGAACCGUGAAGGCGUUGAGAGAGGUGGAAGCGUUUGCAUUACCAGCCGAUGAACUGAAGUUUGUCGCUGGUCAGUUUAGGCGUCUUCACAGUCGGCAGGUGCAACACACUUUCCGGUUUUACUCGCAGCAGUGGCGGACUUGGGCGGCGUGCUUCAUCCAGGCCGCCUGGCGGAGGUAUUCCAAGAGGAAGAUUCUUGAGCAGCGGAGGAAGGAAGAGGAGGAAGCAGAGUUAGCAGCAGGUAAGAAUGGCGGCGGCAGCGGCGGCGGUAGCAGUGGAAGUUCAUACAGCCUUGGAGCUACCUUUUUGGCUUCGAGAUUCGCCGCGAAUGCUCUCCGUGGGGUCCACCGGAACCGGAAUUUGAAGAGUGCUCGGGAAUUGAUGAAACUACAGAAGCCUCCGGAACCGGAUUUUACUGCUGAUGCUGAUUAGUGAUGAUCUUGUGGUUGUAUAUUAACAUAAUUAUAUGUAUACUUUGAUGCUUUCAUAAGGUGUAAGGGACAUGUAAUAGGUUUGGAUUUAGGUUUUAAUUUUGUAAAGUUUAAUGAUACACAAUCUUAUUUGAAAUAUGUAUUUUCGGUGUAAAA